UCAUUUGAAUCAAUUGGAGGUGUACCUGUGGAUGUAUUUCAAGGCCUACCUUCAAACUCAGUGCCUCUUUGCUUGACAUCAUGGGAAAAUCAAAAGAAAUCAGCCAAGACCCCAGAAUAAAAAAUUUAGACCUCCACAAGUCUGGUUCAUCCUUGGGAGAAAUUUUCAAACGCCUGAAGGUACCACGUUCAACUGUACAAACAAUAGUACGCAAGUAUAAACACCAUGGGACCACGCAGCCAUCAUACCGCACAGGAAGGAGACGCAUUCUGUCUCCUAGAGAUGAACGUACUUUGGUGCAAAAAGUGCAAAUCAAUCCCAAAACAACAGCAAAGGACCUUGCAAAGAUGCUCAGGAAACAGGUAGAAAAGUAUCUAUAUCCACAGUAAAACGAGUCCUAUAUCGACAUAACCUGAAAGGCCACUCAGCAAGGAAGAAGACACUGCUCUGGCCACCCCAUAUAGCCUGGUUCCUCUCUAGGUUUCUUCCUAGGUUUUGGCCUUUCUAGGGAGUUUUUCCUAGCCACCGUGCUUCUACUCCUGCAUUGUUUGCUGUUUGGGGUUUUAGGCUGGGUUUCUGUACAGCACUUUGAGAUAUCAGCUGAUGUACGAAGGGCUUUAUAAAUAAAUGUGAUUUGAUUUGAUGUACUCUGCGCCAUCGUCUUGGAACACCUUACAAAAUACUGGAAGAACUUGUCCCAAUAUGUGUUUUUAAAUCACUGAUGAAAGAUUUUGAGGCUGAUACCCUGACCUGUCAAUGUUUUUAAUUUGCAGUUUUAUACUCUUGUGAAUUCAAUGGUUUUUACUAGACUACUUGUAGUUUUUCAUGUUGUCUUGGUGCUGCUAUCUUGGCCAGGGUGCUCUUGAAAAAAAUAUUUUAAUCUCAAGGAGCCCUUCCUGGUUAAAUAAAGGUAAAAAAAUCAAUUUAAAAAGUCAAGGUAUUGGAGUGACCAUAACAAAGCCCUGACCUCAAUCCUAUUUAAAAUUUGUGGACAGAACUGAAAAAGCGUGUGUGAGCAAGGAGGCCUACAAACCUCAUUCAGUUACACCAGCUCUGUCAGGAGGAAUGGGCCAAAAUUUACCCAACUUCUUGUAGGAGGUUGUGGAAGGGUACCCAAAACAUUUGACCCAUGUUAAACAAUUUAAAGGCAAUGCUACAAAAUACUAAUUGAGUGUAUGUAAACUUCGGACCCACUGGGAAUGUGAUGAAAGAAAUAUAAGCUGAAAUAAAUUAUCUUUUUAUUCUGACAUUUCACAUUCUUAAAAUAAAGUGAUCUUAACUGACCUAAGACAGGACAUUUUUACUAGGAUUAAAUGUAAAAAAAAAUGAAAAACUUAGUUUAAAUGUAUUUGGCUAAGGUGUAUGUAAACUUCCGAUUUCAACUGUAUAUAUAUAAAUCAUAUAUAGUUGUUGGGGGAGAAUAUAGCACACUGGAACUGGUUGAGGGAACUCAUAGGAGAUGGUGCUCCCCAGAAGCCCAGAGAGGAGGUGCACAAUACCCCCACCCCUCUACACAGACAUCAUUUCAACAUCUAGUUAUGAUUCAUAUUUGGUUGAGUUGUCAACUAAUGUGAAUUCAAGGUGAAAUCAACCAAAUUCACAAUGUCAUUGGAUGUUGGUUAAAAGUUGCGUGAAAAGACGAAAUUCCCUUUCAUAGAUUACUUCUUGCCAAUCCAGUCAGUUUUCCACGUUGAUUCGUCGUCAUCGCAUUACAUGUUUUAAUUGAAAUGACAUUAAAACAAUAUUGAUUCAACCAGUUUUUGUCCAGUGGGUCUGACAUUCCAGUCCCUCAUAUCCAAUUCGCGCUCCGUGGUCACUUUCUGUUGUGAAAAGGUCGGUCACAGCCAGAAUCUGUUGUGGAAUAAUCGUCAUUUCGAUGUCAUACAACAUUGUUUCCAGACGGCGCACCGCAGGCAGACAGACAUCUUCAAAUGAAUGAACAAAAUAUUGUCACCGCACUGAGCGAAACAAUAAUCAUGAAACAAACGCACGCUUCACUGAGCUCGGGUUCGAAGCACGAGUUAAUGAAUCCGCUCCCCCGAUAUAUCCUCUUUCUGAAUACAAACCAACCGUCUGGCUCUCGCUCGCUAGUCUGAUUGCGCUGUGGAUUCGCAAUUCCGAGACAAUUUUAAAACAAAUAAUUCAGAUCCCAGCCAGACUUUGCCAGAGGCAAGACACACGGCAGCUCACAGCACAGCGGGCAAGGUUCGGUCCGACCGGAACAGGAGAGAGGAGGGUUGAGAGAAAGCGAUAGGCGCGUUCACACAUGGAUAACAGCUGGACUGGAUAUGCAAAUAAGCUGCCAGGAAUGAGGGCACGGAGCACCCACGAGUCUUCUCAAGUAUUUGAUCGAUAGGGGAUAUUAGGGUCAGCUAGCCAGAGCGGGCGCAGUUAUAAACAACUCAAUGAAGGCGCGCUCACUCGGAGCAAGUUGAGAAACUGUGCAUCACAGUGUCAAAACCCAACGCGACGUUGAACAUAUUAAGCUAUCAAAUAGGCUACAAGUCUACUUUUGCAACAACAUGUCAGUGUUUUGUCAGAAGGACAGCAGGGUUUGAAUGUCUCGGACUGGGAGGACAUAAAUUGGCAGCCCUAAGGUUUUCGAAAUGCCAGAGAAUGUUUCGUUCUCCAGGAACCGCACAGAACUGGAAGCGCGGCCGGGGGCGCGUCCCGCAUGGGCUAUCACUGUGCUGGCCAGCGUGCUGAUCUUCACCACGGUGGUGGAUGUCCUGGGCAACUUGCUGGUUAUCAUUUCAGUGCUUAGGAACCGGAAACUUAGGAAUGCGGGGAACGUGUUUGUGGUGAGCCUGGCCUUUGCUGACCUCGUGGUGGCCUUCUACCCCUACCCUUUGGUGCUCUACGCCAUCUUCCAUGACGGCUGGUCGCUGGGAGAGACACAGUGCAAAGUCAGUGGUUUCCUGAUGGGCCUGAGCGUCAUUGGCUCCAUCUUCAACAUCACCGGCAUUGCCAUCAACCGCUACUGUUACAUCUGCCACAGCUUUGCCUACGACAGGCUGUACAGCUACCGCAAUACCCUCUUACUGGUGGGGCUCAUCUGGCUUCUCACCAUCCUGGCCAUCAUACCAAACUUCUUCGUAGGGUCGCUCCAGUACGACCCCAGGGUGUAUUCGUGUACCUUUGCCCAGGCCGUCAGUACAUCGUACACCAUCACUGUGGUGGUGAUUCAUUUCUUUGUGCCCAUCGCCGUGGUUACCUUCUGCUACCUGAGGAUCUGGAUCCUGGUCAUCCAGGUGAGGAGGAAGGUGAAGUCAGAGGUGAAGCCCCGCCUCAAACCCAGCGACAUGCGCAACUUCAUCACCAUGUUCGUGGUGUUCGUGCUCUUUGCCAUCUGCUGGGCGCCGCUCAACUUCAUCGGUCUGGCCGUGGCCAUCGACCCAGAGACGGUGGCGCCACGGAUCCCCGAGUGGCUGUUCGUGGUCAGCUACUUCAUGGCGUACUUCAACAGUUGCCUUAACGCCAUCAUCUACGGCCUGCUCAACCAGAACUUCCGUAAGGAAUACAAACGGAUUAUCAUGUCCAUGUGGAUGCCGGGUCUGUUCUUCCAGGAGGCGUCACAGGGGGGUACAGAGGGUAUGAGGAGCAAGCCCUCGCCCAGACUGGGACUCAACAACAAUGAUCACGUCAAGGGAGAGGCUUUGUGACGCUGACUCCAAGGUUCUCCUCUCCUCCACUCCUCCCCUAUGGUGUUGUUGGACUUGUUUCUUUUUUCUUCUCUCUCUCUCUCUCUCUCUCUCUCUCUCUCUCUCUCUCUCUCUCUCUUUUCAGUCAUGGAGUUCCAUUUCUCUCCUGUAUCUCACUGACUGCACAGUUGUGCUGUUACCGAAGCCUCAAAGAACAGUCAGAAUGGUGCGUAUUAAAGAGAGAGAGACACACACAAAGGUGUUGACUGAUGCUAACUGACUGUGUUAUUCACAAUUCGAAGAGUGCCAUUCAUGAAGCAUAUAUGUUCUAACUUAUUAUGUAUCAUGUCCUUAAGUAUACACCUCAGGCUGCCUGCCUCCUCUCUGCUGCUGUAGCAUUAUGCAUUUCAAAGUUUAAGCCCCAAAAGUAUUAUUGCAUUUUUUUUUACCCCAUUACGCCCAUGACAUUUUUGUAUAAGACAGGGUAUUUAAAGACACAUUUGUUAUCUUCACAGUUUCCUCUGUAAAAGUAUUUAUCACACAGUUUAUUUUAUUUUCUAUAUCGAUAUAUCUAUAUCAUUAUGACAAUCAUUAUGGCCAGCGUACAUUAGCGUAGAAAACAAUUUAUAAAAACCCUAUUGGUUGUAAAUAACAAAUAAGCGAUGGAGCAUGCCAACGGUAGGAGCUCACAAGGUCCUACUUACUAACUAGGCAAUUGGAUUGUCAAAAGGUGCCUGAUUUUAUGCUCAUGCUCUCAAACAGGAGAUUUACCAAAAACAACCCCUUUACAAUUUAACCCAGUUAGUAUGGGUUAACUCGUUAGGGUUGGAGUCAGCAUAUAGCGUUAGGCUUAGAGUUACACAAGGAUAUAAGACUGAAUAGACAACUACAUUAGAUACAUCAGCAGAUUUGGUCAUUUCUGUUGAGUCAGGAAUGGGGUGCUGUGAUGCCCCUCGACGGAGUGUCCUGAAAAACCCUCGCUGGUACAUUAUAAGCACAAUAAAGCUGUUUUAUCUCGGACGACAUUGUACUUAUGCAGUUUACAGGUUUCAACUGUACUCUUAGUAAUGCAUGAAGACAUGUGACCUAUUCUAUGCAUUUUACACUUCAUGUCAUUACCUUAUUAAAACACUACAGCAAACCAACUUACUCAAAAUGAUAUGUGAAUAAGGACAAUACUGUUUUUCUGAAGAAGUUAAUCUUAGUACAAAUCAAGUGAAUUAAUUCAGGCCGUAAUGACGCUGAAUACCGUUGUUGUGAUACUGUGUUCCAUGAUGAUGAAGAAUGUGCAUGAUGAACUUUGAUGCUUUGUGUAUUGUUUUGGUUGUUUGUUUGUUUUUUAUUUUAGUUUUGCUUUGAAGAAACUAGGGUCUCUAUUCAAUCCGUAUCGCAUAAGUUCAGUGUUACAGCGUGAUGGAAAUGUAAAAGCAACGUUCCCGCGUUAGCAGAGACUACAUUCACUGUACACACUGCAUAUGUUGGCUCAAUCAGAAAUUACCUUCAUAUUUCUACUGAUGAUCUGGUGAAAUCUGCUGCUGAAGAUAUCGAUGAUGUUGACAAAGAUUAUAUGAUGAUGAUGAUGAUGAUGAUGAUGAUGGUAAGAGGAAGAUCAUUCUUAAUUGGCAUGUAUGCAUGUGGAUGCACAGGGAGAAGGAGCGCAGUGGUCAAGCUAUAAGAUUUUUAAUUUUUUAAUUAAGAGAAAUACAUUGUAUUUAUUGCUGUGAUUUACGUAUACAACUGAUGAAGAAUAUGCGUUUGAAGGGUUGUCAAUGUAAAAGUUUAGAUGUUAAUAAAAACCUUUAC